GUAACUGUAGGUUUCUAACUACCAGUCUUCCCUCCUUUUUUCAGGUCAAGCUCUUACACAAAACUCACCCAAUCAUCAUUGAAUGGCAAAUUGAAAUUCAGUAACCCAUCUUCUAAAAUGGCUUCUCAUGAAACAAUAUCACUUCUUUUACCCCUGCAACAACUUUCAUCUUCCUUCCUUACUACUAGCACUGUAAUCGCCCUUUCUGUUUUUUUUGCUCUCCUUUGUGCUUGUAUCAUCAUCGGUCACCUUCUUGAAGAGAAUCGAUGGGCUAAUGAAUCUAUUACUGCCCUUUUAUUGGGGUUGUGUGCUGGUGGGGUGGUUUUGUUGAUUACUAAAGGGAAGAAUUCGCGAUUACUGGUCUUUAGUGAGGAUUUGUUCUUCCUUUAUUUGCUUCCUCCAAUCAUUUUCAAUGCUGGAUUCCAGGUCAAGAAAAAGCAUUUUUUCAAGAAUUUCACUACAAUAUUAUUGUUUGGAAUACUUGGCACAGUAAUUUCAUUUUGCCUCAUAUCGCUAGGUGCUUUUCUGCUUUUCAAGAGAAUUGGUUUUACGUCUAUGGAUAUUCAAGACUUUCUAGCUGCUGGAGCUAUAUUAUCAGCAACUGACUCAGUUUGCACAUUGCAGGUUCUGAGCCAAGAUGAAACACCCUUUCUUUACAGCGUAGUGUUCGGGGAGGGAGUAGUGAAUGAUGCUACCUCUAUUGUGCUUUACAAUGCAGUCCAAUCAAUGAACUUCGAUAACAUUGAUGGUACAAUUGCCUUAAAGUUGCUGGGAAACUUUUUUUAUCUCUUCUUCACCAGUACUGCUCUUGGUUUAGGAGUGGGUCUAUUAAGUGCUUUUAUUAUCAAAACACUUUAUUUUGGAAGGCAUUCCACUGAUCGUGAAGUUGCACUCAUGAUGCUUAUGGCUUAUUCAUCAUACAUGUUGGCUGAGCUUUUAAAUCUCAGUGGGAUUUUGACAGUUUUCUUCUGCGGCAUUGUAAUGUCACAUUACACAUGGCACAAUGUUACUGAAAGCUCACGUAUAACAACCAAGCAUGCAUUUGCAACAAUAUCAUUUAUCUCAGAAACUUUUAUUUUUCUGUAUGUUGGCAUGGAUGCCUUCGAUAUUCAGAAAUGGAAAGGGAGCAAUGCAAGUGCAGGAACUUUCAUGGCAGUCAGUUCCACAUUGUUUUCAUUCGUGUUAAUCGGAAGGGCAGCAUUUGUGUUCCCUCUAGCAAACAUUAUAAAUUGUGUUCAGAAGAGGCAGAAUACAAAAAUUGAGUUUAAACAGCAGUUUAUUAUGUGGUGGGCGGGACUGAUGAGAGGUGCAGUUACUAUUGCUCUGUCCUAUAACCAGUUUUCAAACACCGAGCAGAUCAGUUCCACAGAUUCUGCACUGAUGAUCACCUGUACCAUAAUCGUUGUUCUUUUCAGCACAAUUGUCUGUGGCUCGGUGACAAAACCUCUUAUUGAAGCAGUGCUGUUAAGAAAUAGGAAGCCAAUGGUUUCAGACGCAACUGAUAUUCCUAGUCUGGAAGAUCUAAGGCUGCUUUUCAUUGAACCUGGUGAUGCAAGUGAGCAGGGCAAUGAUCAAAUAGCCCCUAAAGCAAGUAGCUUACGGUUGCUAAUAACCCACCCCACUGUAACUGUUCAUUACUUGUGGAGAAGAUUCGACGAUAGAUUCAUGAGGCCAGUGUUUGGUGGGAGGGGAUUCGUUCCAUUUAUACCUAGUUCACCAACAGGAGCAGCAGAUGAGGGUCCUCCAGUCUGAAGGUUAGCAAUAAACUUCUUAAAAUUUUUUCAUUCAUUCAUUUGAUAGCUAAGCUACUCGUUUUUUUUUUUUUGGAUGAUACUUACUCGUGUACUCUCCACCCUCUGCAAUCAUCUCUAUCUCCUGUAAGAGUUGCAGCUGGUAUAAUUUGUUUAGUAAUACAUAGUUGGUUUCCCUUUA